ACAUACACCACCGCGAACUGCAAAAUUUUACUUUACAAUAUUUAUAAAAGCUACUUUACAUUGUUAAUCAGCAAUUUGUUUAAUAAAUCUAAUUUAAAAAGUAACUAUCAGCCGUAACCAUGGGACUGCCAACGUAUCCCGAAUGCAGCAUGAAGAGAGAAACUGCUGAACUCGUUUUCAGUAAGGAAAUCGCCGACGAGCUAGGCAGAGACUUCCGCGUCCUGCCUGUAUUCGAAAAAGGUUUAUUCGAUUACAAAUACAGAAGGUUUUACUCUCUGAAUACCAACAAGCUGCUCGGUUGUCGCUGGUCGUCUUACGUCGACAAUUUCAGUUCGCGCGAACUCGCUCCGUUUCAAUUCAUUGAUAUAAGAGACUACCACUUCUUCAACUGCGUCAAUCGCCUCAAACCCUCGGAAACUAUUUACAAAAAGAAAGAUUUUCGUUAUAAACUGAAGCCGGGGCCAGGCGUGGACUAUGGCGGCCAAAUGCCGAUACCGCAGGACUUGCUCAUGAAGCGAGGGGCAAUUAAAAUUAAAAAGCAACCAAGACAGUCUAAGAAAGAUGAGGAGUUGAGUGAGACUAAAAGCGAAGUUGGAAAAACUAAGGCAGAAGAAUAAAGGAACGUUUUCAAUGCUAGCUGACGUCUGUCGACUGCCACGACUGGGGCACGGUUCCGCUAAUUUUACUCAAGCGACAUACGAUUCACAUCUGACUGAGAUCCAACCACGACUCAAUUACGAUUGAAGUGUAUGUAGCAUUCCGCUAUUUUCUUUUAAAACCUUUUUAUCCGUUUCUGUGAUUCAAUACUUAAUCAAAUUAUUUAUUGUCUGCAAAUUAUUUACGAUUGCAAUAUGAUUGUAGAGCAAACUACCGUAUGCACCAAAUGGCAGACCAAUCGAAUGUCAUCGGAAUAAGAUUGGUCUUUUAUUAGUUGUAGAAUGCCCGAUAUGGUUAAAACUGCUGUUGCGAUUCAAUUUUGACAUUAUUAACUUAGCAAAGUCGGGUCCCUGGUUUGUAUGUAUUUACAUGAAACCGUUUUGGAUCGAAGCGGCAGCAGCAUGUGCAGUCGCUGCCAGAUAUUGGCAGUUACAGUCGACAGCAAGAAUUUUAAAAUGUACCUUAAAUUAGUGUAACCUUAAAAAUUAAAUUUUCAAGUUGUGUCCUAUGAUAGGACAAAAAUUUUCACAUUUGUUUUAAAGAAGUUUGAAAAAUUAUGUACUAAUAUUUUCGUAUAGUGAGAGAGAACACAUAAGAGAGUGAUUUCUCUUUCUUAUUAUUACAAAAUCUGUUCAUGGUAGUGUGGCCAUACUAAAAAAAGAUGAAAGCAUCGGGCCAUAUUAAAAAAAGUAAUGUUAUUUCAUAUUUUUUAAGAUUAUUGAUUUAUUUUGAUACGCAUAGGUAGGUAUGUAUUUUAAGCUUUUUUUAAGAUAUGUAGUCUAGAUGUCAUUUAGUUUCGUAUGUAUUAAUUUA